ACUACUAACCUUCCUCUCAUACAACUGCCCACUGUUCACAAUGUCGACUAGGCCUGCCUCUAGAAACAUCGACGAUCUGCUGAAUGACCCAGAAUUAGAGUAUGAGGUCGACCGAGCAAUCACUAACUUAGAAAAGCCCAGUUCUGUGUGCAUCACCCCUGGAAGUAUGGUGUGGGUGAAACCCAGGAAGACGCGUACAUGGGCCCGAGCGAAAGUCCUAAACUUCAGGACAUCGAAUACGCCAUACGGCGGCCUGAUGCCCCCAAAAUGCUACCAGGUCUAUUACGGUGGCGCCAAGGUUUGGUUCGAUGGUGGAAAAGGAGAGGUAAAACCUUGUACACCUGAAAACGACGAACAAGUGGCAUUGGUCCAUUCAGCAUUGGCCGCCCGGGAAGAAGGAUAUUAAUGAGUGUCUGCUUUCGGUCCGUUCUUGUGAUCUCGUUAUUCUGUCAUGAUCAACUAGCAUCUUGCGCUACUAAUACCUGAACUAUGCAUGACUCGUCUUGAACAUCUUUAAGCUCAGUCUAUGCGAGGG